AGCGGACUGUGGCUAGUUAAGGCGUCUAAAAAUGUAGUCAUAUUACACGACAGCUCUUUAUCGCCGAUAAGCGCGUUGAUACAGCUCGUGCGUCUGAUGAUUGAGGUUACUUUACAUGACCCUCUUCAGUGAUUACUUACUUAUCGUCACGAUUUAUUUCAACGAGCGAUCCCAAACAUAAAGUAUAUCAAUAAAUUUAAUCAGUGAAAAUGAUUUUGUGGGCAAUAUUCGGCUUCGUAAUAUUGUUAGUACUAAUAGUGAAGGUGUAUCAGAAACUAACAGUUGGAAUAUGUCGGACCAGUGCUCAUAUGGUUGGAAAAGUGGUGAUAGUGACUGGUGGUAACUGUGGACUCGGCUUGGAAACAGCCAAGGAUCUAGCUAAUCGUGGUGCUAGAGUGAUUUUGGCCUGUAGGAGCGUACGACGAGCAGCAGCCGCGAAGGAAGAAAUAGUAAAAGCGACUGGCAACACUGAUGUCCACUUCCGUCAACUAGAUUUAGCCUCACUCCGAUCGGUCAAGGACUUCUGCGAUUACAUUUAUAAAACAGAGAAGCGUGUCGAUGUCCUCAUCAACAAUGCGGGUGCGGGCGGGCUCGGUAACGGUAAAACAGCUGAUGGACUUCACGUCGGAAUGCAAGUUAAUUAUUUCGCACCAUUUCUUUUAACUUGUUUGCUAGUGCCUUUGAUGAAGUCUUCUGCACCGAGUCGCAUUAUAAAUGUAUCUUCCAUGAUACAUAAAUAUGGGGAGUUAGACUUUGACAAUUUGAAUAUGGAGAAGUACUGGAGUGAUUAUUUGGUGUAUGCGAACAGUAAACUUUUCCUGAACUUGAUGACAUUAGAAUUAAGUUCUAGACUGAAGGGUACGGGUGUUACAGUAAACGCUUUGCAUCCAGGAGUGGCUGCCACAAAUAUAUUUAGGAACAUUCCCAGCAACAUCAUUAGAAAUGUUGUAGAAAAAUGUGUAGGAUUUAUGUUCCAAAGUCCUUGGGAGGCGGCACAGACCACUAUUUACCUGUCAGUGUCUCCUGACGUAGAAGGUGUAAGUGGGAAAUACUUUAGCGAUUGCCGAGAGAAGCUACCUUCGAAGUGCUCUCAAGAUCCUGAGUUGGCUAAGAGACUGUGGUUAGAAUCGGAGAAGUUAGUGAAAUAUACUUUACCGGACAACUAGUACUUAUUAGGUAGAGGUAUAUUUUUGUAUAGUAUAUAUAGG